GUAAAACUGUACCUGUACCUCCUCGCUAGUGUUCUGAUUGGGCCAUGUUGGCAACUUUAGAGGGCAUUUUUGCAGCUUUGUGUGAGUGUUGUUUAAUAUGUACAAAUAUUCUGCAUUGGCAUUCAACAGGAGUUCAGAACAGUCAGGAGUACUUUUUUUUUUCUUUUCUUUGUGUCAACACACCCGAGGGUUGUUUUGGUUCAGAGGCAGCACUGGGGCCCCUUGGUUUUGGAAGUGCUAUCGGAGGCCGUCUAAAGGUUCCCAGGCCUCACUGACGACACGGCGGAGCACUGAGAGAGCGACUGAUGCAUGGCUGCGGCGCUGCUGAUGGCUAAGUUGGCAUUUUUGAAAAGGUUCCCAGCGUUUUGUGUUGCUGAGGGUACGGAGCUGGAAGGGAAUGGGAGUAGGAAGGCAGCCCGCAUAGAUUACAUUCUAUGUGAGUGGUUGUGUUUUUCCGCCUAUCUUUGUCCAAGUUCCAUCAACAUGCGUGGCAACAAGGAGGUUACAGGUGGCAGAAAUGGAAGAUUAGAAUUUUUCCUUGUGUUCGCAUACACCCAAACAUUACCUCUAGUUCCCAACAAACUGCCUGGGGGCUCUAACAGUUCUAACUGUUCUAACAGGUCAGUCGCACAUUUGUGUGCUUGCUUUACUUUAUGGAUAAAUGCAGCUCAGAAGGAGAGCACCGGCUGGACUCCUCAAAGGAAAGAAGAAAGCAACCCUCCGUCACAAUAGACACGCUCCCACAGACGCACAUGCACACCACCCUAUCUGUGGGGUCCCCUCCCCCUCGCUCAAUCGCCACCCUAACUCCCCCUCCCCCCCCUUUUCCUUCAGCGAUUGUGUGCAUUGAGGUUUUCCAGAGGCGCGACUCCUCCUGCGCUCCCCACUACAGCAAGCGGAUGAGUGUCACCUCCUCCGCCGCCCUUUUUGCAACGCUGUUCAUGGCGGAGGACUGAAAGCAAUCCCACCAGAAGAGUUAUGGCUACAGAAGGAAGAGGGGGGUGCUGACACACCGGAUGCAUUGCAUGAUGCAUCAUCUGCUAUGCAGGUUUGCCAAAAAGGGCGCUCCACCUGCAGGAUGGUCCUGGCUUUCGUCAUGACUGGCUGACUUCAUCCUCAACCUUUUUCAACUACGCCAAGGGGACGCCAAAAGCAGUUUUAAUGAACCAGUACACGCUAGCCGACGCCAUGACCGAUAACUUGAGGAUUUUAUAAUUCUCCCAGAGGAAGAACUUCGCGUCUUGUAAGGAGUCACAGAGGAAAUUUCACAGUUCCCAAGCUGCCAGAGUCCAAUAUGGGGUUUGGCGUGCUGGGGGUGUUCCUGGGACUGCUUCUGGAGGUGUCCACCCACGGACCCCAUUCUGUGCCUCGGACCUCAUGGAGACACCAAGAUUUAGAGCUGAUGGAGUUUUCCGAGCCGGGCAUCUUCAACUACUCAACGCUGCUACUGAGCGAGGAGAGGGACGCGCUCUACGUGGGUGCCAGGGAGGCCAUCUUUGAACUUAGCAAGAAGAACGUGACCGUCCGAAACAACAAGGCUCUGUGGCAAGUCGGCGACACCCCCGUCGCCAUGUGCACCCUCAAGGGGAAAUCAAAGGAGACCGACUGUCUUAACUACGUCCGAGUGCUGCAGGUCGUCGACAGCGAGCGGCUCUACAUCUGCGGGACGUACGCCUUCCAGCCUCAGUGUGAUUAUUUGACUUUGGCUGACUUUUCUUUGGAGGGUCGAGCUGAAGACGGCAGGGGAAAGUGCUCUUACGACCCCUCGCAGAGCUUCACCACGGUCAUGGUUGAUGGAGAGCUGUACUCGGGGACGGCAUACAACUUCUUGGGCAGUGAGCCCAUUAUUUCCAGAUACUCGCCAUCGCAGUCCCUACUGAGGACGGAGUAUUCCACCUCAUGGCUCAACGAGCCAAGUUUUGUUUUUGCCGAUGUGAUAAGGGAAAGCGACGACACGGAUGGUGAAGAUGAUAAAAUCUACUUCUUCUUCACCGAGGUGUCCGUGGAGUACGAGUUUUUUGGCAAUCUGCUCAUUCCUAGGGUGGCACGCGUUUGUAAGGGUGACCUUGGAGGACAGAGGACGCUGCAGAAAAAGUGGACAUCUUUUCUAAAAGCCAAGCUGGUGUGCUCCAUGCCGGAACUUAACUUCGUCUUCAACGUGGUGCACGACAUCUUCAUCCUGAAGGGUGCCCACUCGAGGGACACGCUCAUCUAUGGGGUCUUCACCUCCCAGUGGGGUAACGUGGGCUUGUCGGCGGUGUGCGCUUACAACUUGACCACCGUGGAGGAGGUCUUCUCCAAGGGCAAGUACAUGCAGAAGGCCACCGUGGAGCAGUCCCACACCAAGUGGGUCCGCUACAACGGCAUUACUCCAUCCCCACGCCCUGGGGCGUGUAUCGACGGCCACAUGCGGAAGCAGAGCAUCAACAGCUCCCUGCACCUCCCAGACAAGACCCUGCAGUUUGUCAAGGACCACCCCCUGCUGGAGGACCCCGUCCUGCCCGUCGGCAACAGGCCCCGCCUCAUCACCAAAGACGUCAACUACACUCAGGUUGUCGUUGAGCGGGUCCGCGCACUUGAUGGGAACAUCUAUGAUGUCAUCUUCACUGGAACGGACAAGGGCGUCCUGCACAAGUCUGUGGUUCUCGGCGGCGUAGUCCACAUUGUGGAAGAGAUCCAGCUCCUGAAGCAGUCAGAAGCCAUCCAAACCUUGCUGCUGUCGUCUGAGACGCGGUCCAUUUACGCCGGAUGCGACUCAGGAGUGGUGCAGUCACCCACAUCUCUCUGUGGCAGGUACCAGUCCUGUUAUGACUGUGUGCUGGCCCGAGAUCCUUACUGCGCCUGGGACCCUCACACUGCUCACUGCACCAAUAUCCUUGAUACGCCCAGCCAGCAGAUGAGGAGGCUGAUUCAGAGUCUGGAUGGGGAUGCAGACAAGUGUCCUAAAGAGCCAGGAAUGCCGCUGAAGGACUACCAACUUGUGGCGGUGAAACCUGGGAGCUCCGCUGAGCUGCCGUGCCUGGUGCGCUCCAACGCGGCUCACGUGCUGUGGAAGUCCAACGGCUCGCUUCUCACCGAGGCGUCUCGCUUCCACUUCAUCCGCGAGAACGGCCUCCUCAUUUACAGCGUGGCUCCAGAGGACCAGGGCCACUACGAGUGCUGGUCGCUGGAGUUCGUCGCCGCCAUCGGGAAGAACUUCACUCGCCUCCUGGCGGGAUAUGUCUUGACUCUGGAUCUCCCGCCAGGAGCCCCGCGUAUGGGCGGCCAUGCGGCAACGGUGACCACCCUCCAGAACCGGGAGGCGUCCAGGACCCGAGGCGGCCAAGGUAACGUUGACACCGACAGACAGCUAACUCCGGCCCUUGCCCCUCCCAAUUUUACGGCUCCAGUGCUGCUCACAUCCCCGCCCCACUCGUCACUAACCCCACCCCCUACCGAGGUGCUGCCAAAACAGCAUCUCCCCCCGAGCGGCAGCGGGCCCCGCCCUGACAACGGGGACCCUGAAGCGGAAUAUUUGCAGCACAGCAACAGCACGGCGCUCCUUUUCCUCUUCCUCCUCUUUUUUCUCCUCUUCCUGGCCGCCAUGGCGUACAACUGCUACAUGCAGUACCUCCCAGCGCCAUGCCUACGUCUGCGGGCCGCCCUGCUGGGCACUCACAAGACCGCCAGCCAGCCCGAGUACCGCGCCUGCGAAGCGGGCCUCAUGGAGGCGUCCGCCACGGACAAGAUGAACAUGUCCGAGCAGCCCACGCAAAACGGCAGCCAGAAUCUGCGGGCCCUGCGCGACACCGGCUACGAGACGGAGCCGGAGUGCGGCAACGGUCGGAUACCUUGCCACGGUUUCGGAGACGAGAGCUCAAGCCAGGAGAAACCCUUUGACGUGGACUGCGCUUCCCAGCCCAUCCAGUUUGCCGAUGCGGAUGAACCGUGCUGCUAGCACGUGGAAGCUGUGUUUGUGUUCGUGGAAGCUGCUGCACCCUCGGAGAAAAGCUCAUUCCUAAAUUCCACAUUGGAAACAUUGUUUACCAAAUUGGUAAGUUAUGGGGAUGUUUUCCAAAGUGGACCUGGAUUUCGUUUGCCCAGGCGGACUAAGUGUUGACUUUGGGCCCUUAGCAUCUCUCAGGGAAGGGUUAGCUGGGGGGUCCCCAACAAGUGGAGGCAUUUGACUUUUCUGGGGUACCCCGCCAUCUAUUGUUGGCUUUUUCUGCCCCGGGAACAGUAUGGAAGAACAUCAUCAUAUGUUGUUAUUAUGUCAAGUCAGCCAUCAUUGGUUUUAAUAAUUUGGGUUUAUUUAUUGGACCGGGUUACACAGCAUCCAUCCGUUUUAUGCAGAAUGUUCAAUUUUAUGUUUUGCUCUUUUCACCCCCUCACCCCCCACCCUCCCACUCCACUCCGGCAGCCUCCUCGUCACCUUCACUGUCCCCUUCUUCCUCCUCUACUCUGACCUCCUCCUCCUACGUGGAGGCUGGCGAGGCGGAGGUGAGGCUCUUGCCCCCCCUGCUGAAGGACCAGGCUUGGGGACUCCAUGCCCAUGAGUCCUUCCUCCUCUUC